AUGUUUCGCGAUGCCACAUUGCCCCGCAGGGUGUUUUGUCGGUGCGAAACAUCGCACCGGCAAUUUGUGGCCGGAUUCCAUCCUCCUCUAGUCGGCGGAAUCUUUGGGGCGUACUCUGUUGUCCUAUCCGCCGGAUACCCGGAGGAUCUCGAUGAUGGUGACAAAUUUACGUACACCGGUGCGGGUGGCCGCGACUUAAAACGGAAGAACUUGCGCACGGCCACGCAGAGUAAGGACCAAUAUGUCGUCCGUGGCAAUGCUGGCCUGCACGAGAGCUUCCAGACGGGAAAUCCUAUACGCGGAAUUCGCGAGUGCAAGAACCCGUUGAGGCCGGAGACUGGAUACCGCUACAACGGCCUUUACAAGGUCGUUGAUGCGUAUACCUCCAAGAGCCAGGAUGGAAAAUUCCUGGUUUGGCAGUUCGAUUUUGAGAAGAUCUCCGGCCAAAAGACUGUGGACUACUAUGCAAAGGAAAUCAAAUGCAAGGUAAAUACUCUCGGGAAUUUCAACCCUAAUAAGACCGCAACGCUGACUGGACGCGACGACGAAAGCGAGAACGGCGAUUACUCGGACUACCGCAUAGCCCCGCGGGGCUCGACGAUGUUGCGAUAG